GAAGCUUGUGUCUCUAAGAUAGAGUGAAGUGCCGCUUUGUAAUGUAUUUGGAGCCAAACUGAGUGCAAAGAAACAGAUAAAUACAGAAAAUCCUCUUUGCUCCAGAUGGACUGAAAAGAGGGACUAUAAGAGGACUCCCUGGAACAAAGUGGUGUGUGACUUUUUUUGAAAGGACAACUAUAUCCAUAUUGAAUGAAGCAGUGGAACUGGAACAGAGCAUGGCAAAUACUUUUGUAACAGUAUCUGAUGGAUACUGCCUUAGUGAGCCAAUACAAUAUUAUGAUAUCUUACCAGAACAUAUCAGUUAUCCAGUGCAAGACCUUGACUUCCAACCUGCUCCUUACUGCCAAUAUUCAACUGUUCAGUUCCCUCCAGUAUUACAGACACCAUCUCCACAGACUCAUUACAAUUCAUAUAGCUUGGACUCUCAGUUCAGCGAUGGUCAAUACAUCAUCAAUAAUUGUGAACUCAGUAAACCCACCUGCAUGGGUGCCCAUCAUGAUGGGGGAGGAUACCUUGGACAGAAACGACCCAGGCUUACUCAUUCUGCCUUACGAAUAAAAGGGCAAGAAGAGCUCUGCGUAGUCUGUGGAGACAAGGCUUCUGGAUAUCAUUACAAUGCACUCACUUGUGAAGGCUGUAAAGGAUUUUUUCGACGGAGCAUCACAAAAAAUGCAAUAUACAGAUGCAAGAGUGGAGGUCAUUGUGAAAUGGAUAUGUACAUGAGGAGGAAGUGUCAGGAAUGUCGCCUAAAGAAAUGCAAAGCUGUGGGAAUGCUGGCUGAAUGUUUGCUAACUGAAGUCCAAUGUAAAUCAAAACGACUUAGAAAAAAAAGUAGUUUUCUUUGCAACAUUAAAAUGGAAGAGGAGGGAAUGGACAGCAAGCACGUAUCUUCUACAACCAAACCUUUAAAAGUCCAGGAGAGAAUGGAAUUUACUCCUGCAGAACAUGAACUCAUUGAUCACAUUUUGGCCGUUCACCAAAAAUGCACAAUUCCAAUGGAGGAAGCCAAGAAGUUUUUACAGGAAAAUACUAAUCCUGAAGAGAAUUUUCUACGUCUUUCGGAAACAGCAAUGAUUCAUGUGCAGGUCCUAGUAGAUUUUACAAAAAGACUCCCAGGAUUUGAAAGCUUAGCUAAUGAUGAUCAGAUUGCACUAUUAAAAGGUUCUACAAUUGAAGCCAUGUUUUUAUGCUCAGCACAAUUAUACAAUGAACAAGGAACUGAAUAUCAGACACCAUUUCAUGAAAAUCAUAUAAAAUUUUCUGACCAUACUAUAUGUGGCCAAAAUAAAAAUGCUUAUCCCACAGAAAUGUCUCAUAGAGAAGAAAGGCCAACAUCUACUAGUACAGCAGGUAUAACUGAGGAGUUUAUCACCGCAUUAUUUUAUUUCUACAGAAGCAUGGGAGAACUUAAUGUGACCGCAACAGAAUAUGCAUUACUAGUUGCAACUACAGUGUAUUUUUCAGAUCGACCACUCCUAAAAAACAAGCAACAUGUAGAAAAACUCCAAGAACCUUUUUUAGGAAUUCUGUACAAAUAUUCAAAAAUCUAUCACCCUGAAGAACCACAACAUUUUGCCCGUCUCAUAGGGCGGCUCACUGAACUCAGAACACUUAAUCACAACCACUCAGAAGUACUAGUAACUUGGAGAACAAGGGAUCCUAAGCUGACUUCUUUACUUUGUGAAAUGUGGGACUUGCACUGAAAAAUUGCUACUUUAUGUGAAUUGUUACAAAGGACUUUUUGUCUGUUCCUUAAUUCUUACACUUUUAAGAAAUCAUUUAUGUUAAAUGACUUAUAUCUCAUAAAUCUGUCAUGAUAACUAUUCAGAAUGUUAGCUUGUAUUGUGAAAGUACCCAUAUACAUUUGGGUAAGCAAAAUAUGAAAAUGUGUACAAUUUAUUGACUAAGUAUUACUACCAUAUUUUAAAAGAUAUAUGUAAAAAUUGUUUAAACUGUUAAAUAUCAUAAUGCAUUAGAUAUCUUUAUAUGAACCAUUCAGACCUCUGUUAAAAGGUGGGUUGAUUUUCCCUGUGGAUAGAUAUUAGGCUUUAAUUAGUACUUACACUAUUCUAUUUCAUCAAUAAAGAAAAAACAUGGCCAUAGGAAGAAUGUUUUAUAUUGUAGCUCACACAUACACGAACACUGCAAAGGUAUUGACCUGGCAAAUAUUACAAUCUGUAACUUAUUUGGGUGCACUGCAUAAAUCUUGGUUGAUUAAAUUUACCAUUUAUAUAUAUGCAUGUCCCCAAGCCAUGUCAUUCACAUCAUAUUAUAAUUCGUCAUUUGCCAAAGCUGAAUACUUACAAUAAUUAAAUAAUAACAUUUAAUAAUGUUCACCUGUAUGUGAAGUCAUGUUGUAGAUGGACUAUUUUAGAAGCAUAUUUUAGAACUUAUUCAUGCCAACUUCAUUUGUGAAUACAAUUAAGAUUUCCAAUGAAUUUGAAAGGGAUACUCUAUAUAAAAUAAAAAUUGAGUUGAACUUAGCUUCUGGACACUGCUAUGAACGUUUCCUUCUCAGCAAUAAUGGAAGUGUCUUGUCACUACAUUCCUUUGGGAUUUGUUUUCAGUCACUGCAUUCUUUUGGGAUGUUAUUUUCACCAGGAGUUUUCUGGUCUCCCACCCAAGAACCAAGCAGGUUCCAUCCUGCUUACUCUUUAUUAACACCGGUCAUGUUUGGCUAGACAUUGCCAUCUUUUUGGAUUUUAUGGUUUAGUACUAGAGGCUAAUUUAGACUGGUAUUGAUGAUUUACAUUAAUAUAGUGAUAAUCCCCAUCUUAUCUUUUAAUAUAAUUUCUCAAUUAAAAAAGCUUCCUGUUAAUUUCUAUUAUUGUAACUUUGAAGAUAUAUAUCUUACAAUUCUACUCUUUUUAUAUUGGAGAUAUUAUCUUUGCAUUUAAGAAUUAUUAUUCA